AUGAAAAAGCAGCCGGCCUCUCUCAACGAAGUGUCCAGAGUGGACCUUGACCGAAGAUUCGAUCUCGCUCAUGUUAUCGAUGCGCUUACUUGGGGGGUCUCUGCCGGUGUCUCUAUUUACUACACGGUCCGCGCACCCCGAGAUGGUCCCACCAUCGGGGCGCGCAUUUGGGACCAGAAUUUUCAGUAUGAGACGGGCCUGACCAUUGAUCCAAACAUGGUCAUUGCCUACUGGGUAGGAAUGCAUGCCGCGCUCUUUGUGCACAUGCUGGCCAAUAUUUUCGCGGCCUCUAACGACAUCAGCUACAUCACAAUCAGCAAUCAUUUCAGCAUCAACAAUUUACUUCACGUUGUUUUUCUGGUCUUGUUUGUACGCUCUGCCUUUGGCUGGGCCGAGUGUAUCUUGAUUCUCAAUUUCGUCAACCUCUCUGUGCUUUACUUUAAGCAUAGCAAGCUUUCACACUUCACUCGCAUUUCAGUUAUCUGCGGCCCUCUUGCCUGGAAUUUUAUUGCCAUCCUUUGGAACUGGGCAAUUGCCGUAACAGCUGGAAUCGGCUACAACGACACUAUCGAGGGCUUUGGUCUCUUUUUCGUCUGGGCAAUUCUCGGGUAUGGAGUGUUUUCCCUCCUUGUCUUCCAAGACCUUGCAAUGGCUUUCUUGCUGGCGUACCUCUGCGCCAGUAUCGCCGUCGCGCAGCAUUUUCUCCAACGCAGUGAUCGAAUGUGGAUUCCGCCUGUCGUGAUUGCAAGUCUUCUGGUGGUAAUGAUGUGUGCCGUCGCCGCUCGGUGCCUCUGGAAUUUACGAGCGGUACGUCGGAAGAAAGUGAACGAGUCUGUGUACGCUGAAUUCGAUGAGCGUAAGGAAUCAUGCUAA